GGUUGCCCUGGGCUCGUCCAACAGGUGAUAUCCACAUCAUGGGUACCACCAAGAUUUUCCUGCUCCUUCUCUCAGUGGCCCUGUUGGCCCUGAGCUCAGCUCAAAGAACAGCCAAGGAAGCCCCAAGCCAGCAACCUGCUGAACCUGAACCAGCCCCAAGGCAACAAACUAGGGAUAGUGAAGACCCAGAAGAACCAGAAGAACCACCUGAAGGAGACCCAGGCGAACCACCUGAAGGCCCAGGAGACCCAGGCGAACCACCUGAAGGAGACCCAGGCGAACCACCUGAAGGUAAGCAAUAUGUCUAUUUCUAAACACUCCUUUCUUUCCCCAUCCCUUGAGGACCCUAGACCUUGUCUCUCAUUUGAAACCAUUUGGCACAUCCACUCUUAAAGUUCAGUACCAAGAAAGAGAGGG